AUGAAGCUGCUGCAGGUGCUGUUGCUGCUGGGUUUGGAAAUGAUGCUAGUCUGUGUCCAUGCAGAAGGAAAAACAAAUCUCAUUGGAAAGAACUUUAAUCCAGAAAAGAUUGAUGGAGAAUGGUAUACCAUUGGAUUGGCCUCUGACAAAAGAGAAAAGAUAGAGGAACAUGGAAGCAUGAGAGUUUUUGUGGAGUACAUCCAUUUCCUCAAGAACUCCUCCUUAGCUUUCAAAUUCCAUACUAUUGUAAAUGGAGAGUGCACCCAGCUGUAUUUAGUUUGUGACAAAACAGAAGAGGAUGGUGUAUAUGUUGUCAACUAUGACGGAUAUAAUAUAUUUACUAUACUUGAUGUAGACUACGAUCGUUAUAUCAUAUUGCAACUCAGAAAUGUCAAGACUGGGGAAACAUUCCAGUUGAUGGAGCUCUAUGGCCGGACACCAGAGCUGAGUUCAAACAUCAAGGAAAAUUUUGGGGAUAUAAGCAAGAUGUAUGGAAUUCCUGAAGAAAAUAUAUUUGACCUAACUAAGUCUGCUCCUGGUUUCUCUUGGGGAAAUAAAUUGGACCUGGUACCUGAAUGUGUUCUUGUUCCUACCCUACAGAUCGCUGUCUCCAUGCCCGAGGCAGAGGGAAGGCCUGAGCAUCCAGGUGGGUAA